AUGGAUACUGAGCUUCAAUUUAUUUGUCUAUCCAUUCUCAUAUUUUACCUCCUGUUACAGGAAGAACUCUAUGUCAAAGAAACAAUUUACUUACUCUACGAACAAAGACCCUAUGUUAAUUACCAUGUUAAUUUCUCGGAGAAUUAUUUUAAUCCGAUUUAUGAUAAUGACCAACUCCAACCCAUUCCGUCAACUUUUAACUAUCCAUUUUCUGGUUUGGGCGAUAAAAAUCUCAUUCCAUCGACUUUUAACCAUUCAUUUCCUGGUUUGAGCGAUGAAAAUCUCAUUCCGUCGACUUUUAACCAUCCAUUUUCUGGUUUAGGUUAUGAAAAUUCUAUUGCGUCGAUUUUUAACCAUCCAUUUUCUGAUUUGGGCAAUGAAAAUUCCAUUCCGUUGACUUCUAACCAUUCAUUUUCUGGUUUGGGCGAUGAAAAUUCCAUUCUGUCGACUUCUAACCAUCCAUUUUCUGGUUUUGGCGAUGAAAAUCCAAUUCUGUCGACUCUUAACCAUCCAUUUUCUGGUUUGGGCAAUGAAAAUUCCAUUCUGUUGACUUCUAACCAUCCAUUUUCUGGUUUGGGCGAUGAAAAUCCAAUUUCGUCGACUUAUAACUAUCCAUUUUCUGGUUUGGGUGAUGAAAAUGAUCGUAAUUCUGACGGUUCUAAUAAUCCUUUGCCUAACUUGGAUGAUGAAAAUGCUCUUGUUUCUAAUAGUAAAAAACAAAGAUAUCGAUGCCGUGUUCUAUGUAUGUAUAGUAGUAAAGAAGUGUAUGAAAUGAGGAGACAUUGGAAUAGGAAACAUAAAGAUAUUGGUGAAGCACCAUCACCUAGCGAUAAUUUAGAUAAUGAAAGAAGAUACCG